GGCGACGGCAGACUGACGCGGACAGGUGUGAGCCGCCGGGGGGAGAGGCGGAGAGCAGCAGGAGCGAGAUUAACAACAACAGGAGGAGGCAUCUUCGGAGAUUUUGUUUUUUAUUUUAUUUCUAUCAGGGAGAAGCUCUGACGAUGACGCACGGUACGUGGCAACACAGCGCCCUCAUUAAUUUGAUGCUUCGCUGCCGGGACAGGGUAUGCUCACCGCGGGAAAUACGUGCCGCGGAGGAUGCCACCUCAACACAUGAACUCGCUGUGGACUCCAGCGGCGUACCCUGCCUUCUUCGCCUAAAUUCUACAUCACUAUAUUAUUAAUAGUACAGAUGAAAACAUAAAUGCGGACGCAGAGAACAUUUAAAAUAAAUAUGUCAAUUGGUUGACGAGAGUGGAGAAACAAACCGAGCACGAAGAUGAAAUAAUACAUUUUACGAGUCAGUACAGUAAAAGAUAUUUGGAACUGAGCAUGGGAGCUGAUUGAAAUUUGAUCGAUGCCUGAUGCUAAAAUAAUUGUAAAAACCUUGUGCCUCUGCUUUUAAUGGCAGGUUUUUCCUUUUUUCUUUUGCCCCCCUCCCCGAAAUAGCGCUUGCUUGGUCAUCCUCAUCUUUUAGUGGCAGGUUUUUUUCGAUUACAAAGUUGAUUGAUCUUUUUUAGUGGAAUUCUUUUUUAUUACAUAAUUGAUUGAUUGGUUUAUUUGGAAACAUGUUACAUAGUAAACUGAGACCACAUGAACAAAAUCUUAGAUUUGACCAGAUUCUGCUGUCCUAGACCUAAUCGGGAAAGCUGCAGCCUGCAUUCCCCUGAGCCUAGUCGGGAUCAAAUCCUGAGUCUAUAUAAGCGGCACGGCGUCAAUUUAAAUUUCAUAUUGGAUUGGUAAGUAAAAGAGAAGAGGAGAGAAAAAAACAACAACAAGAUACCUUGAUUGAUUAGGGAUGGAUGAGUAUUCUCUCUAUAAUCUUUGGUUAUGGCAUUCAAUGGGGGAUCCGACCUGCGGGGAGUACUUGUACUGGCUCCUCAAUACAGCUGCUUCCGAGAUACAACCCCCGGCGUGCCGCUCAGGGACCAAAAUAACGCCCACAUCUCCUUGCCUUGUGAUUCUUUUGCUGCAGACGCCUCACCGCGCAGCCGCAGCUGCCGCAACUACAACUAGAAGAAGAAGAAGAAGCAGCAGCAGCAACAACAACACCACGCUAAUAAUGAUGGCCUGCCCUUCAUCGACCAACAUCACACCAGCAUCUCCUUGCCUUAUGAUUCUUAUGUUGCAGACGUCCCGCCGCCACCACCGCAACAUCUACUACAAGAAGCAGCAGCUGCGCCAGUUGGUUUUUUUCAGGGUACAGCCACCAACGGCGUCUCGGAAGAGAUCCCAGUGCUUCAGCACCAACAACAACGCUACGCUAAUAAUGAUGGUUUUGGUGGUGCAACCCCGCAACAACAUCCCACACUGCGCUGCCAUCUUCCACCGUCCACCUGCAACAACAUCAACAGCAAGAUCAUGAUUUUAUAAUGGACUCUGAAUGGGACAGGGACUUCUUUGAACCUCUCAAUCAAGCUCAAGAUCCUCAAUGGGCAGAUGUUGAAACAUCUUCUCAAGAUUCACCUGGAGAGAUUGGAGAGAGCUUAAGCGCAGGAGAUCUACCACAAGAGCAUUCAAAUACUGAAAUUGAACAAACCAACGAGGAACUAAGACAUAUAAAAAGAAAGCAGCAGAAUAAAGAAGCUCAACGACGCUCACGAAUAAAGAAGAAGCUUGAACGUGAAAACCGUGAAAAACAGCUGCAUGAAGUAGGGCUGGCACUGCAGGAAUGUUAUGGCAUAAGCAUAGCAGAACUGUUGGAAAAGUAUCGUUCAAUAAUGUGCUAGGAGAAGCAUUGGGAACAACUAUUAUUAUUCUCGUUGAGUUUUGUAAAUAAUUUUUUGGAUACGGUUUCUUUUUCAUUGCGGACAGUUCUGUAAAUUCUAAAAUGUAAAUGGAUGUUACAUUUAUCCUUAAUGUAAUGAUUCACAUGUCUUAUUUUCUGCUUGA